UGAAACUGACUCCGAGGCUUUUUCUUCUUCCGUGAUUCCCAUAAUUUCAAGCUCCUUUGAAAAUCUGCGCUUAAGUUUUUGACCCCCGGCUCUUCUUUGCACGAGCCCAAUGCCUUUUUUUCUUUUCUGGGGUUACAUGAAUCAUGGCUAUUGUUUCUCCAAUGUAGCUUCAGUAUAACGCUAUCUAUCACAUCGGACGAGGACGAGCCAUACUUCAUUUUUCCUCAUUUCUCUCAGAAUCAUUGAUCGCUGCUUGCCGCGAGUCUUCGUUGGAUAGGAGAAGUCAGAUCUCUACUUAAGAGCAGUGAUAACUUCCAUUACUUCUCAUUUUGAAUCUUUCUUCGUCCUUUCUUAUUUGAUCCCUUGCAGAAUACUUCGUGGAUUCUGGGUCAAGAGAACGAAUCUACUAUUUCAUCUUCUGCGUUAUUAUUUGAGAUAUCAGCGAUCCAGCGGGAUAAGGCUGGAGUGAAGUGUGAUCUCGUCUCUUGGUGACUUACACGCUCAGCUUUGUCUGGGGAGAUGUUCACUUCUGGUGAAGAGCAGAUUCUGUUCCAUUCAGAGCAUGCAUCAGAAAAUGUCACUGAGGCUUUUAAAACAACUUCCUGGAAUUUAAAUCCAGAUUCCAUUAAUGGGUCCCUAUCAGCUGCUGAAUUCCCCGAUUCGCCUCCAGUUUCUACCAUUUACACUGAUGUUGGCGUCAUUCCCGAACACGAAAAGAACGAGCUAGAGCAAUUGAUGUCAAAUCUAGAAAGAGAAGUUAAGCAGCUGAGGAACGAACAGUGCGUAUUUGACAAAAAGCGGAGAGAAGCACUGAGUAAGAUAUUGGACAUUAAAGGCAGCAUUCGAGUAUUCUGUAGAGUUCGACCCUUUUUAUUGGCAGAGGGGAGAAUAACCUCCGAGCCAGUUUCUGCUGCGUCAGAAAGGAUUCGGGUUAAAAUGGGAGGAGCGAAGAAAGACUUUGAAUUUGAUAAGGUUUUCCCUCAAGAAGCAAACCAAGAAAGUGUUUUUAUCGAGGUCGAACCCAUUCUCCGAUCUGCAAUGGACGGACACAAUGUGUGCGUUUUAGCUUACGGACAAACGGGCACUGGCAAGACAUUCACAAUGAAUGGUACAAACGAGCAGCCAGGAAUUAUUCCCCGUGCUCUUGAAGAGUUAUUUCGUCGAGCCUCUCUAGAGAAUUCAUCAUCUUUUACAUUUUCAAUGAGCAUGUUAGAAGUUUACAUGGGUAGUCUUAGAGAUCUGCUGGCUCCGAGACCAUGCACUAAAGCCUAUGAACCUGUAAUAAGAUGCAAUCUUAACAUUCAAACGGAUCCUAAGGGAUUAGUCGAAAUUGAGGGUCUCUCAGAAGUGCAAAUCUCAGAUUCUGCUAAAGCCAGAUGGUGGUACAACAAAGGUAGGAGGGCCAGAUCCACUUCAUGGACUCAUGUGAAUGAGGCAUCAAGCAGGUCACACUGCUUGACAAGGAUCACCAUAUUCCGUCGUGGACACGGUCUGGAAGGCAAAAGAGAAAUAAGCAAAUUGUGGAUGGUUGAUCUCGGAGGAAGCGAGCGGUUACUGAAAACUGGAGCCGUAGGACUCACGCUUAAUGAGGGCAGAGCCAUUAAUCUUUCUCUUUCAGCUUUAGCUGAUGUUAUUGCAGCUUUGAGGAGGAAGAGGAGCCAUGUGCCUUAUAGAAAUAGCAAGCUAACUCAAAUACUCAAAGAUUCUUUAGGUAAUGGUUCAAAGGUCUUGAUGCUUGUGCACAUAAGCCCCUACGAAGAAGAUGUUUGUGAGACAAUGUGUUCUUUGAACUUUGCAAAGAGGGCAAGAGCAACGGAGUCCAACAAAGAAAUACCAGAGGAACUGAGAAAGCAAAAGGAGAAGAAGAUUCUGGAGCUCGAGGAAGAGAUGAGGGAAGCCGAGAAGGAACACCAGAAACUAAGGGAUCAGAUUCAGAAGGCUGAGUUAAAGUUAGAGGAACAGAAAAAGGUCUUCUCAACUACAUACAAGCUUCUGGAAAACGAUGACAGUGCCCCUAUAAGCCCUAAAAAUAAUGCGAAAGAGGUCACUGAAACCCCAAAAGCAUCUAAGAAAUAUAUUAAAAGCACUAUAUCGAAUUCUAUGCCUCGAUUCAUGACUUCCACUGUUGCCAGUCGCCAGAGGCAAAGUGCGUCGGAAAGAGAAAUAGUUGGACGAUCAAGAAGUUUAAGAUCAGCGAUCACAAGAGGUUCCCUCCAGUUUUCAGGUUCCCAAUCACUGAAUUGCUCGGAUCUCCGAUUGAAAGCGGUAAUACAAAAUUCAACUGGAAAAUCUCGGCUUGGUGAAACCACGGAGAGUCCUAAAUGCAACGGUUUGGAAUCAAAAACCACCAAUCCUGGAACCAGAAUGUUCACUUCAUCGGAUCCUAACGUGGUCGUUACUUUACGUCGUCAUAGAAGACGAAUGUCCGAUCUGAACUGACGGUGAAAAUGAAGACGCAUCUCAUCGCCUGUGUUAUUGGGAGAUGGUUGCAUGAUAAACUGUUUUCAUUUUUUUGUGUGUAUCAUAACGAAUAAGAGCGAGUGGUGGAUGGUAUGUUAAAUUGUUAGCAGGCGUGCUGUGUUGAACUAGGUUGCCAGUUCGGAUCUGUCCGCUAAUCGUUUAA